AGCAAAAAAUUUAUUGCCAUAUCUUGGACCCAACAAAAUGAGAGAUUGUUUCUGCACUAUAAAUUUGGACCAAGAAGAAGUUUAUCGUACCCAGGUUGUUGAAAAGUCUUUAAGACCAUAUUUCAGUGAAGAAUUUUACUUUGAGAUUCCAAGAACUUUCCAGUAUUUGUCGUUUUAUGUUUAUGAUAAGAAUGUUUUACAAAGAGAUCUUCGUAUAGGAAAAGUAGCCAUCAAAAAAGAAGACUUGUGUAAUCACAGUGGUAAAGAAACUUGGUUUUCACUGCAGCCUGUUGACUCGAACUCAGAAGUUCAGGGAAAAGUUCACCUUGAAUUAAAACUGAAUGAACUGAUAACGGAGAAUGGAACUGUGUGCCAGCAGCUCGUUGUGCACAUCAAGGCAUGCCAUGGAUUGCCGCUCAUAAAUGGACAAAGUUGUGAUCCUUAUGCAACAGUUUCCCUAAUUGGCCCUUCUAGGAAUGACCAAAAGAAGACAAAAGUAAAGAAGAAAACAAGCAAUCCGCAGUUUAAUGAAAUCUUUUAUUUUGAGGUAACCAGAUCCAGUAGUUAUACCAGGAAAUCCCAGUUCCAAGUAGAAGAAGAGGACAUUGAAAAAUUGGAAAUCAGGGUUGAUUUGUGGAAUAAUGAAAACCUAGUCCAAGAUGUUUUCCUGGGUGAAAUUAAGGUUCCUGUGAGUGUGUUAAGAAACGAUUCCUCUCAUCAAGCCUGGUACUUGCUACAACCAAGAGACAAUGGAAACAAGUCAUCUAAAACUGAUGACCUGGGAUCUCUUCGGUUAACUCUGUGUUAUACAGAAGACUAUGUGCUUCCAUCAGAAUACUAUGAUCCCUUGAAAACUCUGCUGCUAAAAUCACCAGAUGUUCAGCCAGUAUCUGCCUCAGCUGCUUAUAUUUUGGGUGAAAUAUGUCAAGAUCAAAAGGAUGCUGUUUUGCCUCUUGUUCGACUAUUGCUACAUCACAAUAAACUAGUUCCUUUUAUCACUGCGGUGGCUGAACUGGACUUGAAGGAUACCCAAGAUGCAAGCACAAUUUUUAGAGGAAAUUCCCUGGCAACUCGGUGUCUGGAUGAGAUGAUGAAAAUAGUGGGAAGGCACUACUUGAAAGUCACGUUAAAGCCUGUUCUAGACGAGAUAUGUGAAUCCUCGAAAUCCUGUGAAAUAGAUCCUAUUAAGUUGAAAGAAGGAGAUAAUGUAGAAAAUAAUAAGGAGAAUCUGCACUACUAUGUGGACAAAGUAUUCAAUACAAUUGUAGGAUCAAGUGUGAGCUGCCCCACUGUGAUGUGUGAUAUCUUUUAUUCUCUGAGGCAAAUGGCUACUAAGAGAUUUCCUAAUAACCCUCAUGUUCAGUACUCUGCAGUGACCAGCUUUGUGUUUCUUCGUUUCUUUGCUGUAGCGAUACUAUCACCUCAUACUUUUCAUUUGCGACCUCAUUAUCCAGAUACACAGACAAUUAGAACGUUAACUCUCAUCUCAAAAACCAUACAGACUUUGGGAAACUGGGAAACUCUAUCCAGAAGAAAGUCUCGUUCCAAAAAGUCAGUUAUGUGUGAAUUUCUCAAAAUGUUUCAAGAGGAAAGAUAUUUUACAGACGUGAAAAAGUUCUUGGAUGAAAUUUCAUCUACAGAAACUAAGGAGUCCAGUGGUACGAGCGAGCCUGUGCACCUGAAAGAAGGUGAAAUGUAUAAAAGAGCUCAAGGAAGAACCCGUAUUGGAAAAAAGAAUUUCAAGAAACGAUGGUUCUGCUUGACAAGCAGAGAGCUCACCUACCACAAACAGCCAGGCAAAGAUGCAAUUUACACUAUUCCAGUAAAAAACAUUCUUGCUGUGGAAAAACUGGAAGAAAGCUCUUUCAACAAGAAAAAUAUGUUCCAAGUGAUACAUACAGAGAAGACACUCUACGUCCAAGCAAACAACUGUGUGGAAGCUAAUGAGUGGAUAGAUGUGCUGUGCAGAGUGAGCAGAUGCAACCACAACCGGCUCAGCUCUUUCCAUCCGUCGGCAUAUCUCAAUGGGAACUGGCUCUGCUGCCAGGAGACCGGUGAAAGUACACCAGGCUGCAAACCAUGUACUGCAGGUAUCCCCGCAGACAUCCAGGUAGAUAUUGAUGAAGACAGAGAAGCAGAAAGAAUUUAUUCCCUUUUUACCCUCAGUUUACUUAAGCUGCAGAAGAUGGAAGAGGCUUGUGGGACUAUAGCAGUCUAUCAAGGGCCGCAGAAAGAACCUGAUUAUUCCAACUUCACAAUUGAGGAUUCUGUUACAACCUUUAAGACAAUUCAACAAAUAAAAAGCAUCAUAGAGAAGCUAGAUGAGCCCCAUGAGAAAUACAGAAAGAAAAGAUCAAGUAGUGCAAAGUACGGAAGCAAGGAAAAUCCAAUUGUUGGGAAAAUAUCAUAGUUUGAUCAACUGAUGGAGAACUGGAAAAUAUUCCUUUUCAUGAAGUUUUUUAAUUCACCCGAUCAUGUUCAUACUAUGUAAGAGCAGACAUUGGCUUUGAUGACACCUGCUUUCACAAUGUAUUUAAUAUUUAAUGGUUGAAAUGAACUGUUUGGGAAUUCUGAUAUCCGUGAUUUUAUUACUAGAGAAUUUGAAACCCAAGAUUUCCUUCAAAUCCAUAUCAUUGCAGCUUCUUUUUGAUGGAAAGAAUCUUUCUAAGGAAGGUUCCUAAGAAGCUUGUAAUAAAGGGAGCACUUCCUAGUAAGAAGCCAUCUCUACUUGUAACUCUCUUAUGUGUGGACUCAUUUUCACUACCGUUAGUGCCUGCUCUGUACUGCCAACAUCGUCCUUUACUAGAGAAUUGCAGUUCAUUGUCAGUUCUGAACUUUCGUUGAGUUCAUCUGAACCCUCCAUCUCUAAAAAGGAAAAAGAAGAAAAAGCAAAAACUUUUUUCCUUUAGUCAUUACAGGUUAUGGAGACAGAGACGAGGACGUCAGAACACCCUUGAAUGUUGGUGGAUGUUUUGUCUGGUCACAGGUGUAAGAGUGCUCAGAUAGAUAUCAGGGAAUAUGUGCUCCUGUGUGCACCAUGUUUACAUUUGAAAUGAAUGAUGGCAGAUGAAAUAAAAUGAGACCACUAAAAUGUUUUUCAUUGUUUUAAAUAUCAGGUACUCAUUUUCUUAAUUUGAGAAUUCAGUUUAACAUUACUCCUGAAGGCUUCUCUUCCCAACCAGAAGAGAAUAGUAAAGGUGGUGAGAAAUCACUUGACCUUGCCUGCUGUUCAUGUUGUAACAAGGGUGUGUAAAGAUGCCCUCCAUAUAGUGUUAGGUCCUGCUCUAACUCGAGAACUGUCACUUGGCGCACUUUAAUAAUCUGGCACAUUCCAGAUUGUAGUUUAGAUACUCCAUGGUAUCUAUCUUUUAUGAUCAGUUAAAUGAUCAGUGUUUAAGCGUAGAACAAUGCUUUUCUGAAAAUGUUUGUAUUUUAUUGCUGUUUCCUUAUUGCCUGCUAACCAAAUGGAAUUAGGUUCAGCAGCUGUUGAAACCUGUUUUUCCUUGUCUACUCGGGUCCUGAAAAUAGUAACUAUCAAUAAGCAGUUGAAGCAAGUGCCACCCUGGAGAGGAGUGAUGUGCUUGGCUUCAUCAGUAUUAAAACCAUGGUACUUACUUGUCUUUUUUAAUUCAGAACAUUUUCUAAGUGUGGUAUUUACCUUUGAACCUUGGGGUAUUUACGUAUGUUCCUGUUGAAAUGUGACUUAUUGGUGUAAGUCCAACUAGCUGUGAUUUUCUGUUUCGUUGAGCUUAAGCUGUAAUUCAGAAUAUAUUGCCAAUUAUGUUGUUGCUAGGUAAUUGUUUUUACAUUGUUAUUAGGUAAUUAUUUUUAAAGAUUUUUAACACAGAGUUUUCCCAUAAAAAAAAAAAUCAUGAUUGAAAAAUGUA